GACCGUAUAAAUAGCGAGGGACUUUACAAGAAUCGACAUCAGUCACUUGUUCUCCAUUGAACCAGCAACAGAAACUCAUUCCUACUAUAGCAAUCAUGAAGUUGUUCGUUUUCGCCGCUUUGAUCGCCGUGGCUGUCGCCGAGUCCGCCUACCCUGCGCCCUACCCAGCAGCUACUUAUCCGGCUUAUCCAGCUUACGAAACACCAGCCUACGAAACACCAGCUUACGAACAACCUGCCUACGAACAACCAGCCUACGAGAAAUCAUCAUACGAUUACGCCCCUCAACCCUACAGCUAUGGCUAUGCUGUCAAGGACGAAGCUUCCUACAACGACUAUUCGCACACGGAGACCAGAGACGAUGGUAAUGUGGUCACCGGAUCUUACAGCGUCGCCUUACCCGACGGCCGCACUCAAGUCGUCACCUACAGGGCCGACGCUUACGGUUACGUCGCCGAUGUGAAAUACAUCGGUGAAGCCAAGUACCCCGACUACCAACCCCAGGCCUACUCGACUCCCAGUUAUUCCGCUACGGAAUCCUACGCCGAGGAAGCGGCCGCUUACCCAGCUCCGGCCUACACCGAGCCAGCUUACACUAAAGAACGUCGCCGCCGUAAUAAGAGUCAGAAGUUGUUCAAUCUAUUUUAAAUGGACUGCACGUCUGUAAAUUAUUUAAAACUGGAAUUCAAUAAAAAUAUACUUAUUUGCUACAUAAA